AUGGUCUGUUGCUUUACUGUAACAUGUUUCCUGUGUAUUGUUUGUGUUUUAAUUGGUGUAACGAGUCUCCUUCAGUUUUGUAUGGGACUUUAUUUAACAUUUCUGCAAAAUGAUGUUAUUACGAUUAAUCGACUUGUCAAAACGGAGAGAUUCGAUUCGUAUUUAGCAUAUGUUCUGUUUGCAUUUAUCGGCUUAGGAUUUAUUUCGUUAUUAUUUGUAUUCUUCUCUAUCUAUGGCGCAAUUAAACAAAAUCGAGCGUUGACGUUAUUUAUGACGAUCUUAUGGUUAUUCUCAUUGACGUUAAAUUUGGUUAUGUUAGCUGUUUCGCUUCUCUAUUAUUAUUUUAUUCUUUCGCAAUUACGACCAUUGCUCGUUUUGUCUCUUCGAGAAGCUCCUGAUGCCACUAUCAAACUACUUGAUAUUCUUCAAUUGAAGUAUUCAUGUUGUGGUAUCGAUGGUAAAAACGAUUACAAUCAAAUUGUGCCCAAUUCGUUGCCUUCGUCAUGUUGUCGAGAACCAAAUUGUUGGGAAGAAACUGAUUUGAAAAGUACGAAUAGUACACUAUCGUCAGUGUAUACAAGUGGAUGUUACUUAUUGAUUAAACAACAUUUGACUAUUGAAUUGUGGAUCUUAAUUGGUGUAACGGGUCUUUGUUCGUUGUUGCAAAUCUUCGCAGUUUUGUUUCUGUGCGUUUUGAAUGAACGAUAUAGGAAAUUUGAUGAAUUGCCGAGGUUUGCAAUCAAUCAACUAACUCCAGGAGUGCCGAUGAAUAAUAUUCAGAAUGCACCAAGAGCGGUGUCUGAACCACUGGAGAUCACGCAGAUUUGA